AUGCUUCCUUCCAGCACGCGAUUUUUACUGGGUAGAUGGAGAUAUCGUCUCUUAUCACCUCCUUCGUUAGCUCGAGCAGGCUGUUUACACCAGACUAAGCUAUUAUCAUCCUCAUUUGAGAGAAGAUUUCAUGCCUCCAGCAAUGGACUCAGGAUCGAAGAAAAGCCUGCUGCCUCCUACAAUCCUAAAUAUGAAUACAUCGAAGAGUGUGAAGAGCUGGAGAGGUACUGCCCCGGUGGCUAUCACCCAGUGAAACUCGGCGACCAGCUUUGCAAUGGACGUUACAGUGUUGCUCAAAUGCUGGGACACGGCGGCUCUUCGACGGUAUGGCUGGCUUCAGACAAGAUACAGCAAACGCUAGUUGCCGUUAAGAUAAAAACAGCCGAUUCAGAUGAUCAAGAGGAAGAUAUCACGGCUCAGCUUCAUGAUAUGCCCUCGAUCAGACGGCUGGAGGACGUGUUUGUUGAACAGGAUAUCCACGCUGGUAAUAUUCUACUUCGACUUCCGGAAGAUACCAGGCGGAUAACCGACACUGCAACGAUAAACCAGCGGUUUGGAAGUUCAUUUAGGGAACCCAUUGUCAGAAGAGACCGUCUGCCACUGGAAGUGGGUGUCCCAACUCAUGUAGUUGGUUUAGCAAGUCUCUUUGUUCGAUCGGAUGAGAUCACCGACUCGCAUCUGCCCAUCUUGCUAUCAGACUUUACUUCCAGUUACUGUCCAAGCAAGACGAGACAGAUACUUUCCCGUACUCUCCCUCACAUUGUCCCGCCAGAGGCUUUCUUCAUCGACAAACACAACGAGAAAGAAACACUGUCCUUCCCCAGCGAGAUCUGGACUCUAGCAUGUACCGUAUUCGACAUUUUCGGCAGCGGAGGCCCCUUUAGUGUCAUGGGAGGUGGCAUUCUCCAAGACCAGGCCUGUGCUCUAGGUAAGUUUCCUGAGCCCUGGUGGUCUCAAUGGGAGGAGAGGGCAGAGUUCUUCAUCGAAGAUGGUACUAGUAUCGAGUUCCCAAAUUCUCGGGACAGAAUAGAGGACCGGUAUGACUGGUUCGUCACUGCUACUCGACGAAGAUAUGAGAUGGCCUAUCCGGAAGAGGACGAGAAGAAGGCCUUUCUCGAGAUGAUUAGGCCGAUGCUUCGAUAUGUCCCCAGCGAGAGGGCGAGUAUUCAGGAUGUCAUUGAUUCUGAGUGGAUGCAGGAAUGGGCACUCCCUUGCCGGCGUCCGAAGUAG